AUGUCGAACAAAGCAAACAACGAAGAGCAAACGCUGACCAAAGAGACUGUUAGCGAUGCAACCAAUGCCUUCCAGUCGCUGGCCAAAAUCAGUUCAGAUCUCCUUCCGACUGAGUUGCAACUCAUGAAGUUUGCCGGACACUACCUUCGACUCAGCGAUGAAACCCAGUAUUUUGAUUGGGACAGUUUUCUCCAAGCUGUCUUGGACUACAACGGGAAGGACCUCGUUCUCAUUUAUCCCGAUGGUAUCGCCGUCCUCACUGAAAAAGGGAGGGGAGGAGAGCUGAUCAAAGGCUCAAGUGAUAAGCCUACGCUUGGUCGAGCCAACGAACCGAUUAUCCCCCGCGACCAGUUGAGCGCAGUGUCCGAUAUCACUGACUACAUCGUCUACUUCGUUACCCAGGUUGUUGGGGUGUCGAUGGACGCUGGCGCCAUCUACGACACGGUUUUGAACGCAUUUACCAACCUAAAGUGGGCAAGCGAAAGCGGGUUUGCGGAUUUCUCAUCGUCGAGCACAGGGACGAACUCGUCUUGGGAAUACAGGAUUACCUUUUCGGCACCGUACUCUGGAUCAAGUGAGAGCUUCCUGAGCUUUGUGAGCACGAUUUAUCUAGAGGCAGAUAUCACCAACGAGUCGUCGUGGUGGGGCCUUGUGAGCAGCUCCAAGCAACACUUCCACUGCGAUAUUACCGGACUUAAAUUCCAAGUCAUAAAAGGCUUCCAGGAUCCUUAUUAG